AUGGCAUCUGGCCAAGAGAAGGAUAUGGCAAGGGAGGAAGGGCCCACUGCACCCAAUGAGGUGGUGAACAAUGCUGCUGAGAUUGACCUCAAUCAAGAUGAGGCAAUGGCUGUCCUUGAGUUGGAUGAUACUGAGGACUUGGACCUGGACCUUGGAGAUGAACAUAACCAUGGUGAAGCUGAGAACCAUGGUGAAGCUGAGAACCAUGGUGAGGCUGAGAACCAUGGUGAAGCUGAGAACCAUGGUGAAGCUGACAACCUUGGGGAAGAGGAUAAUACCGGUGGAAAGGAGGCCACUGGUGAUGAAAAUGACUUCACUGAGGGUGAAGGCAUGACUUAUCCUAUCUCCGAGGAGAUUGUCCAUCUCCAGGCUAAGGUGGCAACUCAGAAUAUAACCAUCCUGCAGCAGCAGACGUCCAUUGAUGGACUCAAGAAGCACACUCACAACCUCGAGGCUAGGCUGAGCAUUACCAUGAAGGAGGUCACUGAGUUCCGUCGCAACCUGGGCACUAAAAACCGCCAAAUUGAGUGGCUUCAGAAGACUUGCAAGAAUCUGCAAGCAUCAUUCAACAAGCUCAAUGAGCAGUUGACCCAUCUUAGGAGGGAGGGUAUUUACGAACCUCCUCCUGGGCGUAGGCCCGCUCCUGCUGCUCAGCCGGCACCCGCUCCGCCCGCACCCCCGGCGUUUAACCAUCGCAAGACGGAGGUGCAGGCUUGGCUUGACCUGGUGAAUGAAACCAUGAUCCUUGCGAAUGUGCGUCCUGAGGCUCGCGUUACUGCAGCGACUCGUGCAUUGGACGAGGUGGCCCGCAGGGCAGUGUAUGGCGCUAAGAAGCAGGCGCAGGGACCAUUUGGGUGGCCGGAGUUCUGCACCGCGCUGAAAGAGGCAUUCAUGGUCAAGAAGUCCGGCCUGGAACUGCGCGGACGCCUUGAGCAUAUCAAGUCUCAUGACCGUUCGGUGCGGGAAUAUGCGGUCGAGUUUGAGGCCUCAGCACGCUCGCUCCAGAAGCCCUUGUCUGAGGAGGAGAUGAUGCACGUCUUCAUGAAAGGCCUCCCUGUCAACCUGCAGGAGGCACACAUGAUCGGCGGCAUGGCCAAUUGGACGACUUACAAGGAGAUGAAGGAGCAAGUGAUCAAAACUGACACCUGUCAGAAUGUUAUAAUUGUCUAG